AAUCUAGAGUUGUUUACUUUUUUGUUUUGACUUUCAUUGUCAAAUUUCGUGACAGCAGUUAUAUUUCAUAAGAAGGCGUUCAUUGUACUGCACACUUUAUCUGUUUUCUGGAGCAGGUUUCCCGCCAAGAUUGCUUCACAGGCUGAACACGUGAAAAGCAAAAUGGCGGACAAAGAAGGGGAUCGCGACGAAGGAGCAACUACAGCAGAUGAUGUUGUCAUUACUAAGUACCGAAUGGCCGGUGACAUUGUCAAUGCCACAUUGAAAGCUGUGAUGGAGAUGUGCAAGGCUGGAGAACCUGUACUGAAGAUUUGUGAUGCGGGUGAUAAGAUGCUUCUUGAGCAAACAGCAAAAGUUUACAGAAAAGAAAAAGAAGUUAAAAAAGGUAUUGCAUUUCCAACCUGCAUAUCAGUGAACAAUUGUAUCUGCCACUUCAGUCCUUUACUGAGUGAUCCAGAAGUACUUCUCAAGGAUGGUGACCUAGUAAAAAUUGAUUUGGGAGCACAUGUGGAUGGGUUUGCUGCUGUAGUAGCACAUACAAUUGUGGUUGGAGCAUCGAGUGAAAACAAGAUCACUGGGCGAAAGGCUGAUGUGAUAAUGGCAGCCCAUUUAGCCUCAGAAGCUGCUCUUCGGCUAGUCAAAGGAGGAAAUGAAAACUACAUGGUGACAGAUGCCAUUCAAAAAGUUGCAGAAUCUUUCAAGUGCAAACCUAUUGAAGGGAUGCUUUCUCAUGAACUGAAACAGCAUGUGAUUGAUGGGGAGAAAGCCAUCAUACAAAACCCAAAUGAGGCCCAAAGAAAAGAACAUGAAAGGUGUGAAUUUAAGCUACAUGAAGUUUAUGGUGUGGACAUGCUCAUUACCACUGGGGAAGGAAAGGGAAGGGAGCACGAAACUCGGACCUCUGUUUACAAGAAAAAGGAUAUUGUUUACCAACUAAAAAGAAAAACUUCAAGGCAGUUUUUUAGUGAUGUUGAGAAGCGAUUUCAUCUGAUGCCUUUCACCUUAAGAUUGUUGCCAGAUGAGACAAAAGCCAGGAUGGGUGUGCUUGAAUGUGUUAAACAUGAACUGGUGCAGCCCUUCAAUGUUCUCUAUGAAAGAGAAGGUGAGCUUGUUGCUCAGUUUAAAUUCACAGUUUUAUUGCUUCCAAAUGGACCAUUGAAGAUAACAGGGUUGCCAGUGGACACCAGUAUAAUAGAAUCCCAGUACUCUGUAGAAGAUGAGGAACUCAAGACAUUACUGGCUACUUCUGCCUCAAGGAAAACUCACAAGAAGAAGAAGAAGAAAGCUGGGAAAGCCAUGGCUGAGAACGCAGAGGGUGUGGCAGCCCCAGAGGAAGAGGUGGCUGCUUAAGAGGGGGGCUAGGUACAGUCUGUCAGGGUUAUGUCAUAUAGAGGGCAGCACAUGCAAAACCAGGGGGAAUAACCCCACUUUUACUGCUCAGUGGACUCGAUAGCUGCUGUGACUUGACAUUGAAGCUGAACUUAAGCAAAGCAGACAUAUGGUGUUCAAACUAUAGUGCUACUAGGCCACAGUGUGCGCACUGCAAGGCAAGUGUGACUUGGUAAACUAUAGAUUAAACACACUGGUAGAAUCAAAACUUCCAUAUUACCAUUUUUCCUUUUUUCACCAAGCAUGUUAACAUGAUUGAGCAUUUCUGUUGUUCCUAUGAAUUGGUACCCUAUUCUCAGGGGCAUAUGAUAGUAUCUCAUCAGUAUGCAUACAGUGAUAUAGUUUCUACAGUACAGUGCUGAUGUGGUCUGGUCCAACUCGCACAAAGGGAUUGUGGCUACAAUUACAGUAAGAUACAGCCCUGAAGAAGUGCUUAAUUUGACUCCUGUGGUCAAUAUGAAAGGACAAUGUACCAGUCAGUAAAUUUCCCUUCCCUUCAUUGAUAUUGUUGUGAUUCAAAAGGUAAAAUAACACAUAGGAGAUUUUGUUAUUUACUUUGACCAAAACUCCUGUUUAUUUUUGUCUGGAGCCUGACUAUUUUACAAAAAGAUAAUGAAAGCUCUAAAGACAAGCAUCCAUACUUCAUGUUAAGUUUGGGAUUAUAGUAAAUAUUCACAAUGUGUUUAUGAUAUGUAGACGAUCAUAGUUUUUGAUUGUAAGUUUUCCUGGUUUACAGUCUCGCUCACAAAAGAGGUGUCGAUUGUAACUUAGAGCUACAAUCGCAAUUUUGUUGUGCACAAUGAGCCUACAAUCCCAUUGUGCUAGCGGACUCUGGUUCCCACUUUAUAGUGCUGCCAUUCGGUUGUUACCUCUGUGGAAUGGUGACCUGGUAACAAGAUUUUAGUUACAAAUGCAGUUCCAUGCCGACUUGUUUAUACAGUUUUGUUUGUUACUUCAAAUAAAUUGUUACAUGUAAUGGGGGGAGUGGGGAAGAAGUGCUACUGUAAAAUAUCAUGAAAAAGGCUUUCUGGAUUGUAUUUUGAAGACUUCUAUCAGACAAGGCCUUUAAAUUAUCCUCUUUAUCAAGACCAGGGCAUUUCUUCAAAUCCAUCAGAAGUGAUGUGAAAACUGUAAGACUACCACAGUAGUGUCCAAGCUGAAGUGCUGAAAUAUUAACAUAGUACUGCCAUAACAUAGUAUCAGAGCUGUAGUGCUGUCAUGACAUGUUCUAGUGCUGUCAUGGUAUGGUAUUAGAGAUUAGAUGAUAUCAUGGUGUCAAAAAAAGUGCUGCCAUGACUUGGUGUUAAGAUCUGUAGUACUGCCAUGGCGUGGUAUUAGAGUUCAGUACUCCCAUGACAUCAUGGUGUCAAAACAAUAGUGCUACCAUGGCGUUAGUCCAAACUUUGGUUCUGCCAUUUUCAGAACAAUUGUUCUGUGGAUCAAGGAAUAUAAUUCUGCCGCAUGAUAGGUUCAUGACUACAAAUCCAUGUUGAAUUCUUGAGUAUGGUAAACAAGUAAACAACAGUCAAAUAAAUAAUAAAUAAAUGCAAUGUCAUGUUCAGAGUGGAGACUGCCCAGCACCACCUAACAGAGAGUUUCAGGUUAUAUCUAAUGUCUCAGACAAGAGUUCAAACCGAGCUCAAGUUAGUGAAUUAAUUCAGACACAUUCUUGACCUGUUUCUGAGGUCAUUUUGUUUUAAAUAUUGCCCUGUUUUGUGUGUUAAGAUUGCCUUCCAGUAUCCUUUUUCAGCAUCUUUUUAGAUUUUAAGAGAAAAACCAGGUGAAAAGUGUUGCCCUUUAGACCCAUUGACUCUGUCUAAGCCAUCUGUUUUGGUUUGUUGUAAUGAAAUGAGUUUGUGUACAGAGAAACUUGUGCAUGGUGGGAUCGGCCAAAAGUCCAGCAAGAAAUAAAACCUUUUGGAUUAUUAAAGGCUGUUUA